GGCGGGUGUAUUUAAGUAUGUUGAUAUUUGUAAUGUGCGUAGUUGACUUGCCUUCUGUUUGCUUCACUAGGGCUUUCACGUCAGUGGUGUCGGAGCUUUAUGCUGCCAAGCAGUGGAGAUAAAUCUCAAGUUAAGUUCGACAUGUCUGCUUACCGGUAUUAUAGACACAGCGGCGCGAAGCUCGUUUGUGCUAUUGCGUAUUUACUCAGCCAGGCGGUGUAGGUACAGAGCGUCUUUCGCUAAAGUCACGUUUAAAGCCAGAUACUUUACCUACCUAGGUACCUAGGUACUUGCUGGCUUUAGCUGCACCAGGGCGUACCUGUAUCCGCUGUGCCAUUACAAGCUUCUGCUUCAGCGUCGUCUCUUUUCUUCCCCAACAACAAAAUAAUUGACAACCUAUACCACAACUCCAGAUUCACGUCGUAGUGUUACAUCGAUCUCAAAACCAAAGCACUAAAUACCUCAUAUCUGGAGUUUGGAGAUUUGUGGAAUUAGGGCAAGGCCUUAGACCCGUCUGGGUUCACCCUUUUCCAACACUCUUUGCCAACAUUAGCAACGUGUGGAACCAAUUCAUUAACAUACCUUACAUCUACUUUGCAACCUUCCCUGUUCCCCUUCUUACCCAAACCCGCACCAUAGCUAUGAACGAUUUAUCCAUUUACUGCCCAUCCAACCUCCUCUACAGUCAAGAGAAUAUGUCACGAUACAAACCCGGCGGAUUCCAUCCUAUCUGCCUUGGUGACACUUUCAAGGAGGGUCGGUACAAAAUACAUCACAAACUCGGUUGGGGAGGAUGCUCAACAGUCUGGCUUGCAUGGGAUACCGUGUAUGUUACUCCAUUGGACAUAACACACGCUCCUGCUUACGGAUGAGACCCUAGAAUGGAGAUGUGGGUGUCGGUUAAAGUUAAGAGCGCUGAUAGCACGAACAAUCGUGAAGUGGGGGCCUUGAAGACAUUGCAAGGGAAGGGGUCUCUACAUCAUGUCGUCAAAAAGUUCGAUGACUUCAUCCAUCGUGGCCCUAACGGGUGCCACCAAUGUCUUGUUUUCGAAUUGCUUGGCCCGUCCGUCGACACUAUUUCCAAUGACUAUCGCGAGAGCGGUGACCAGCUUGAUUCGGAAACUAUCUUAAAAAUUACCACCCAGAUGCUGGAAGCCAUAUCAUUCAUACAUGAGGUCGGAUAUACCCAUGGAGAUAUAAGCGGCUCAAAUCUAGUGUUCACGUGCCCAAGGCUUGCACGCCUGCCUCAAGAGGAUCUGUUCGAAGUCCUUGGAACACCAGAUUUUGAGGCCUUGGCUCGCAUUGACGGCCAGCCGCUGCAAGCUGGUGUGCCGAAACAACUCGUAAAGAAGGCCGAUUGGGUAAACUGGAUAGACGAAGAUGAAGAAGACAUUCGGCUUAUUGACUUUGGAGAAGCAUUCGUUCAAGGAUCGACGCCUGAUGGUCUCGCUCAGCCAGCAGAUCUGAGGGCUCCUGAGACAAUUUUUGCAGACCACUUUGAUCACAGGCUUGAUCUCUGGCGUGCAGGACUUACGAUUUAUUCAUCCUUAUUUGGGUCACGGCCCUUUCAGCACUGGGGCGGUGUUGAUAAGCUCGUUCUACAGAUGAUCAAUUUCGUGGAAGAGCUGCCUGCGGAGUGGCAGCCCCAGUGGGAGCUCAUACAGAACACAACUGGACUAAUGUGGGAGAAAGCCAUUAAUGACACACCCACACAGCCAAGGUUGGACUCAAAGUUCCACGAAAAUGUUCAAGAUCCAGCGCUGCAACGUCUGCUCCCAGUCAUUCGAGGGUUAGCGAGAUUCAGACCUUCAGAUCGAAUCUCGGCAGCCAAGGCACUGGAUAUGGUCGCCGAGGGCGGAGGUAGAAGUUAAGUGGGAAAAAGAUUUUAGACAUGUAGAAGCUAGUCUCGAUACACACUAACUUCUACUGUGAUGGAAAAAAAGACUCAUCUGAGUUCCAUCACAAACAAAUAUGUGGCAGUACGCUGCUGGUAUGAACUCUCGUGUCAGGAACAACUGGUGCACCGUCAGUAACAUAAACCAUGUUUCCAAAUCAAGAUGUUUGAAUGUG